UCAAAAUCCCUAGAUGCAUCCAUUCCCAAAUCGGGCCUGGCUACACCUCUCUCUCCCUCACCUCUCCUCCAGCUCCGGCCGCUGCCACGGCCAGGCCGGCGUGGUGGUGCGCCUCCCAUCCAUCAGCGCCGCAAGCCAUCACCAUCUCCAUCCAUCUCCACGCACCAUCCAUCAACGCCGCCACCAGCGCCGCAUCACCACCUCGCACCCCCAGCACAUCACACCACGAGCUCCUCACUGAACCUCCUGCCACCGAUCUGAAGCUCUUGUUCUUCUCUCAACGCCCCUGAUGCUCCUUCUCCUUGCACCUCCUUGUUGCUGCUCUUCCCCUCCUUUUCUGCUACUCAAAUCUCUCUGCUGCUCCCUCACGCUCCUGCCUGCCGCUGCUCUUUCUCUAACCUCCCCACGCCUCUGCUCUGCUUCCUCACCUCCAUUGCUGCUCCCUUCUUCUCAACGUGACCUGCUGCCGCACCUUCUGCUCCUUAUCUCCUUCUUCAACCUGCUGCUGCUCGCCCUCAACCCUCUCUGCUGCUUUUCUUCUCCCUCAACGCCUGCUGCUGAUUCCUCUCAACGCCCCCUACUACUUCUUUCUUCUUCCACCUGCUGCUGCUUCUCUUUAGAUCCACAAAAACUGCUGCUGCUGCUCUCUCUCUCUCUCUCUGAAUUUUCUAUAAGCUAAGAUGUGUAAAAUUUUGUAAUAUUCAGAUUUUUAAGAGUGUUGGCAACAUGUAGCUUGUUCUGUUUGGUACUUGUAAUAUAUAAUGCUUGUCUUGAAUUUCUGUAGGCUGUGAGAAAUAAUUGUCCUUGAAAUCUUGCUCUGUGAUUUAGUAACCUUCUAGUAUAUUUGUGUGAUCACCUUGUGUACUAGUCCCUGUACUAGUUCUCUGUACUUAUCCUAUUUGUAGUCUCUGUGUGUGUUAGCUCUAGUACCUGUGAUAUGUAUGAGUGUUUGUGUUGUGAUAUAUUUCUGUCCCUAUCAUAUUAGCUUGUUUCUUUCCUUCUGUCAUUGCUUGUUAUAUAUGUCUAUGUUUUUUUGAACUCCCUUAUCAUUGUUGCUAGUAUUGUAGUUCUCAAGUAAAACGAAAACACAAAAAAAUACAUUGAGUAAAAUCUGAACCUUCUUGUGCUGUUUGCAUUUUAUCACUGUUUUCACCACCCAAUUGUGUCACCUAGAUUUAGUCGAGCAUAGUCGUCGUCGCCUAGUCCCUGAGGAGAACACAACAUCCGUAGUUUGGGGCGUAAAAACCCCACUAUACUUUCAAUAGAUCAUUUUGGCGCCGUUGCCGGUGACUAGCGUCGAGCGAUUGUGCGAAGCUAUAGACUAGGCUUAGUAUAGUUUUUGUUUAAAUUUCCAGUCAAAUUUAUUUCUGUGUUUCUUUUACCUUUUUACUUUUUGUUGCUUCGGCUUAUUAGGAUACUAACCCUCUCACCAAUGUUUGAUGUUUGUGAGCGUGUGUAGGAUAUCUUAUUAUUUGUAGGCUGAUUAACAGUUUCACUUGAACAUAUGGCUUUAGUACGCGAUCUUUGGUUGCCAAGUAGUUUGGACACGAUGACAGGGCCAAUUUGGCCAUCUAUUGAGGCCGAAAAUUUUGAGUUGAGGCCUGGACUUAUUGCUCUCGUCUUGUAGAAUCAGUUUAGAGGAUUACCCAAUGAAGACCCUCAUGAGCAUAUUAGUAAUGUUCUGGAGUAUGCCAAUACAGUCCAGUAUCAUGGCGUUUCCCAAGAUGCUAUCAAGUGUAUGUUGUUCACAUUCUCUCUCCGAGAUGCUGCUAAGGACUGGUACUAUUCUUUGCCAUCAAGAUCAUACACUUGGGGUGAUAUUUCACAAGCUUUCCUGCAUAGAUAUUUUUCACUUUAUAAGCAAGCUGCAAUUCGUGACCAGAUCCUCAGUUUUGCGCAAGAUGGUAGUGAGAGCUUGUAUGCAGCUUGAGAGAGAUAUAAGUAUUUGCUUAGAAAAUGUCCUAAUCAUGGGCAAAAGGAUUGGUUAGUGCUUCAGAUAUUCUAUAGAGGGCUGACACAUGCUUCAAGAGAUCGUAUUGAUAUGUCAGCUGGUGGAACAAUCAUGAACAAGACCGUUGAGGGUGCAAUUAUUCUCAUUGAGAGCACUGCCUUCCACCAAAUGCAAUGGGGUUAUGAAAGGCCUAGUUCAAAUCUGAAGGUUGCAAGCCUCGUGCAAUCAGAAGUCGUGUGUUCCAUAAGUGAACAGAAAUCAUCCAUGGCGCCUAAUAUUCAAAACCAGCAUGUUUCAUUCUGGGGACAACAACAUUUCAUAAUUGAAUUAGAUCCUCCAUAUAGAAAGAUUGAUCUUACUUCAAUUAUCCUUGAUGAUGAUUAUGACAUUUUUCAAGAUGAUGAAACUACUGUAGAUCAGAUGGAAACCACAGUAGCAGAUCCAAUACCUCAUGGCAAUGAAACUGUCCAGAAUGAGUCAAAGUUGCAAGAAGAUGUUUAUGAGGAACCUACUCUGAUUGAUGCUAAGUUGAGACAACAAGAUAUGGAGAAAUUCAUUUGUGUUAGUCAACUAUGUGACUGGUGGAAUUUAGUCGUGUCACCAAUUGCCCACACUUGUGUUUCAACUGUACCUGGGCUAUUUGUCAAGAAGAAAUCAUUAGCUCCACCGGUGGUUGCCUCUAUCACAGUUAAAGAAAGUAUCUCAGAGAAGAAUAAUGAAGAUGAGAUUCCAACUCCUGCACAUACAACUAAGCAAGUCGGAGACAUUCCAAGGAGAGAGAUACAAGAGGUUGAGUCAAAUUUAGAAGAGUCGAUACUUCAAUAUCCUGAGAAGAUCCCACAUGUUGUUGAGCUGCAUGACUGGUGGAAGUCAUCAGUGUCACUGUUGAAACUUAGCAGUGAUGGUGAUGAGGAGAACAUUGCUCAGAAAGACAGCAAGCACCAUAGAAGAUCCAGAGGAAGAGAGUCCUCAACUUGAAGAAGAUUUACAAGAAGACAAGGAACAAGAUGAUCAAGAGCUGCAAUUUCCAAGUGAUCAAGUUGAAGACUCAUCAUCUACUAUUUCUAAAGAAGUUCAGGAAGCUGCUGUAAAUCAAGAUGAAGAACCUGAGAUUCAUUGGCCUAUUGUCAUACAUGAACCUGAUGUGUCAGGUUUACCCAAUCCUCUUGAUGACAUGCUGCCUUGUGAUUUCUUUGCUUCUAACUUGCAUUGCAUGAUGCCAUCACUUAAGGUAGAUUUGAAAAAUUGUUUGCUUGGACAUGAUCAUACACACCCUGUUAGUGGCGUUGCUCAUAUCUCUGUUCAUGAUACUUAUGUUCCUGAUGCUAUACCCAUGCUUAAUGAAACGUGUGAUUCUAAUACUAGCAUUGAGCUUACUGAUUUGUACCAUCCUAAACAUGUGCUUUAUAGCUAUGCUUAUGUAAUUGGGUACUCUAUUGAUGAUUUAGAGGGCAUUACCCCUUUCACUUGUAUGGUCUCUUUUGUCGAGUGCUCUUUCAGGUUUUUGCUACUGCACCGUUCACUACAUGCUGACCAAGUUCGAGGUGACAUUCCUUGGGACCCCGGUGGAUUUAGAGCAUGGUGAAGAGGAGAAGCAAUGGGCACAUACAAGGAAGAGAAAAGAUGGAGCAUGCACGAGGAUAGAGAGCAUGAGGAUAGAGAAGUAAAAGGAGAGGAGCUGCAGUUGGUGAGGUGAUGGAGCGAGUUCUACUUCAUAAAGCCCGGUGAGCUGUUUCAUGACCCCAGUCUGAAUAUAUCAUCCAUUGAUACAUGCUGAAAUCAAUUGCUAUUUGAGUUGCUUAAGCCAUUUCUUAAAUAAUGUCCCACUGAAUUUUAUUUGACAUAUGGUGCUUGAUGUGAAUUUGUAACUGAUUUGUGAAUGCCUUGUAAACUAGUGAUCUACAUUCUGCAUGCUUUGCUGUAAUUAGUGAAGGUUAUUAGUUUUGAGUGCUCAAAUCCCUAGUACAUUAGAAAACUUCAUCAUUUUCUGCAUUUACUUUGAUACACCUAGAUCAUCAAGUGUCAGAUGCUGAAUUUGUGCUAAGUGUGUUCCUAUUGAGAGCAAUCACCUAACCACUAUGGAUUAGCAUGCUAUGUUCCCUGGAUCGGUAGUAUGUGAACCAGACAUGGAUGAGUGAUGAUUCUUGUUUUUGUUCAUUUGAAAAGUAAAAAAAAACUAUAUCUUAUAAUGAAUGAAUAAGUCUGAUUCUUCGGAGGAUGACGAUCUUAACAUAUUUAUGAUCUUCAAGACUUCUCUUCAAAUAAUCGGCGUAAGAGGGCACUCCGCGACCUCGCCGAAAUUCACGAAGUAACCACAAUGAGCCCAUGGAACGACACGGCAAUAACCUUCAUCGUCGACGACGAACCAAGGGCCCGAUCAGUCCGAGCACACGCUUCCUUGGUUCUAAACCCUAUUGUGGACGGCUUUCGACUUACCAAAGUGCUCAUGGACGGCGACAGUGGGCUUAACCUCAUCUACGACGACACGCUCGAAAAAAUGCACAUUGACAAAACACACAUCGAGCAAAGCAAUACCACCUUUCGAGGCAUCAUCCCCAGUCGAGAAGCACGAUGUUCGGGGACAAUCAAACUGGAUGUAGUAUUCAGCACGCCUGAGAACUACAGGUCCGAAGAGUUGCUCUUCCACGUGGCUCCCUUUAAUAGCGGAUAUCACGCCCUUUUGGGACGGGACGCUUUCUCAUGCUUCCAAGCCAUACCCCAUUACGGGUACAUGAAGCUUAAAAUGCCAGGGCCCAACGGAAUAAUCACAUUUAGGAGUGAUCUGGAUAAAGCACUCGGCGCCGAAAACAAAAACGCAACCUUGGCUCUUAAGACACUAUCCAAAGCCCUUGCGGCCGAAGAACUAACCACCCUGUGAUCCACGGUGGACAAGGAUGAUGUGAUUCUCGAUAAGAUACCUAAAUCCACUUCUUUCAAGCUAGCAGAUGAAAUAAUUAAAUUCAAAGUACACCAAAUGGAUCCUAAUAAAACAACAUCCAUUGGAGCACAGCUGGAUCCGAUGGUAGAUGCCGCCCUAGGCGUGUUCCUACGCGAAAAUUGGUAUAUCUUCGCUUGGCACCCUUCGGACAUGCCCGGGAUCCCACGCAGACUGGCCGAACACAACCUCAACAUAAUCAAAGGGUUCAAACCAGUCAAGCAAACGCUACGAUGAUUUUUCGAACACAAACGACAAGCUAUGGGGGAGGAGCUAGCCAAACUACUCGAGGUCGGGUUCAUCAGAGAAAUCAAACACCCGGAUUGGCUAGCCAACUUGGUCAUGGUGCCGAAGAAGGAUAAAUCUUGGCGCCUUUGUGUCGAUUUUCAAGACCUCAAUAAGGUUUCCCCAAAGACCAUUUUCUGUUGCCCUGCAAUGACCAGAUUAUCGACGCGAUUGUGGGACACGGCUCAUUGUGUUUCCUCGAUGCUUACUCUGGAUACCAUCGGAUUAAAAUGAAGGAGGCCGACCAGGCCGCUGCAGCGUUCAUUACCCCGUACGAGCCUUUUUGUUUCAACACUAUGCCUUUUGGGCUUAAAAACGCGGGUGCCACUUACCAACGCAUGAUUCAAACAUGUUUGGAAAAACAAAUCGGUAAGAUAGUGGAAGCAUAUGUGGGUGACACGUCACCGUCGUAUCUACUUUUCCAAACACUUUUGCCCUUGUUUUGGACUCUAACUUGCAUGAUUUGAAUGGAACUAACCCGGACUGACGUUGUUUUCAGCAGAAUUGCCGUGGUGUUAUUUUUGUGCAGAAAUAAAAGUUCUCGGAAUGACCUGAAAAUCAACGGAGAAUUAUUUUGGAAUAUAUAAAAAUACUGGAAGAAAGAUCCAUGUCAGGGGGGCCUCCACCUGUCCACGAGGGUGGGGGCGCGCCCCUUGCCUCGUGGGCCCCAUGACGCUGCACCGCUCUCAACCCUAACUCCAUAUAUUCACUUUCAGGGAGAAAAAACCAGAGAGAAGAAUUCAUCACGUUUUACGAUACGGAGCCGCCGCCAAGCCCUAAACUCUCUCGGGAGGGCUGAUCUGGAGUCCGUUCGGGGCUUCGGAGAGGG